GACACUGUGGAUAGCUUGAGGUAAUUGAACCGAGUAUAAAUUAAUAUCAAAUAUUCGGUUUCGUGCUACUUGAUAAUUGCAACUGCGAAGGUGUUUAGCAUCAUGAAGCCUAUAUUUAAGCUCGGUUUUAGCGAGCAGCUCCCGAAUGGCGCCCCACCAGCUUCUGUCCGGUGUGUUCCGCCGCCCGAACCUUUCUCACAACCCCAGUAGCAAGCAGAAGCUCUCCGCCUUCUUCCCUUUAGAUUAAAUCAAAUCUUUAUACCGAGCUUUGUACCUCGCCAUGUCAUCGCUCAACUUAGACAACACUAACACAUCAGCGACCCCGCGGUUCAAGCAUCCCAGUCACAAUGCAUGCAUCUCCUGCCGUAGAGCAAAAAUCGAAUACAGGACGUCGUCGUCUCUCGAGUCUUGCGAGAGGAAGGAGAAAGAAAUUCGCUUAUCAACUUUCCAAACUUAAGAGGAAACCUCCAAUCGAACCCUUUUCUGGCGAGGUCUCGAUACCCCCGGAGGAGCCAAACAUUCACCUCAAUGUAACCAAGUCAACGCCACCGAACAAUUCAAUCAAUCAGCCUCGUGGCACAGAUUCAAAUGGCGUACUUCCAGAAAGUGGCCAUGGAGAGUGGGGAACAGCUGGCUUACAACCUGUCAGUAUUCUCAGUAAAGAAGCACAAUCUGAAGAGUUCGGGUUAACUCUCAGAUUAUACUCUUUUCCUUUCCGAGUAUCUUCAAAAUUUUAAAUUAUAAUAUUUCGAGACAGGACCAUCAUCCUUGGAGCGCUCCGAAUUUUGAACAGACUUUGAACGUUGCGAUUCAAACAGGGGGGCAGGGAAAGGGGCAAUCCGUACCGUAACCGAAACGAUCGACAGCACAAUAAACCGCACUCUUCUUUCGUUGCUCAGUAGUCUUCUCAGCUAAAUAAUCAAAGAAAAUAACGUAUAUAUAACA